CCUCCCCCCCCCCCCCCCCCCUUUAACAACGCUCACUCCACUCUCCACUCUCGCGUCUCCGGACGCUGCCAGCGCUCCAUCGUGACCACAAUCACCACCGGCACCAUCACCACCACCACCAAGAACCACGUUCCAUCAUCACCAGACAACAGUAGCAUCGGCAGCACCCUCAUUCAACAGCAAUAGCAAAUAUCUAUGAGAAUAUCAUCAUCAACUUCAUCGUCAUCAUCAGGAGGAGGACGAGAAGCCAUGAUGCGUUCCCCGUCGCCCGUGCCGGAGUCGCCCCGAGUCGCCUGGGCUGAGGUGCGCGGCGACUCCGCGGAGCCCCGGUCCCUGUCCCGGGGCGCUCGCUCGUCCGCCUCUCCCGUCUCCCUCGUCUCGCCGUCUCCUUCCCGUGGGCCCCGCGGCCACGGGAGCGAGCGCCUGGCGGAGGACGGCGACUCGGGACGCGCAGGCGGAGCUGAGUCGCGGGGCGCGGAGUCGCGGGGUGCCGCGAUGGAGGAGGAGGAGGAGGCGGCGGCGGCGGCGCUGCUGCUGCGCGGGAUUUUCACCAUCGGUGGCAAGAGCUGCGACGUGGAGCUGCGGGGGAGAGCUCUCUCCUGGAGCCCCAUCGUGCCCGAGGCGAUGCCCGGCGCGGCCUCCGCAGCACCAGCGGCAGCAGGCGCAGGCGAGGCCCCCGCCGAAGAGUGGCUGGACCUCAAGGAUGUGUUCGCCGUGAAACUGAAGCGCCGGCGAUCCGCCGGACAGACCAAGGGCGGCACCCUGCUGGGCAUCACGCUGUUCGUGUGCCGGCGCCGGCAGCGAGGCCACAGCAGGCUGGGCGCGGCUGGGCCAGCCGGCCACGACGAGGGGAAACUGAAGGAGCAGCCCCUGCACCUGGGCAACUCCAGCGAGGACCACUGCCAGACCUGGUUCUACCGCAUCCGCGCCGUCCUGAGCGGCUUCCCCGAGCGGCCCAGGAGGCUGCUGGUGUUCGUCAACCCCCAGAGCCACCGCAAGGAAGCGCCGGAGCUGUUUGCGUCGCGAGUGGAGCCGCUGUUCAAGCUGGCCGACAUCGGAACGCACCUGAUCGUGACGGAGAGGGAAGGGCAUGCCUUGGCUGAACUUCAGACUUGCGACCUCACCGGCUUUGACGGUGUGGUGUGUGUGGGCGGUGACGGCACGGUGGCGGAGGUGGUGAAUGGGCUGCUCUUGCGCGCUCAGCGUGAUGUCGGCACGGACCCCGACGGGGCUUUCACGCCAGCGCCCACUCACUUGCCCAUCGGCAUCAUCCCCGCAGGGUCGACGGACGUUGUGGCCUACUCCAUGCACGGGACGAGCCACGCUGCCACGGCUUCGCUGCACAUCAUCCUAGGCCACCUGCUACCGGUCGACGUGUGUUCCCUGGCCGUGCGGGGCCGAUUACUCCGCUUUGGCUUCUCCGCCAUGCUGGGCUUCGGUGGGAGAAGCCUGGCGAUAGCCGAGCGGCACCGCUGGAUGCCGCCCAACCAGAGGAGGGACUUUGCUGUCCUCAAGGCUCUGGCCAGUUUAAGGCCAGUGGACUGCGAGAUCGGCUUUCUGCCCGCGAGUGAAGGUGCGUCAGGACAGACAGCAGAAGGCGCACGGGCACUCAAGAGGUGGGAUUUAUCUGCAAAGAUUCCCGGCGGCGCGCAGGUUGGCGCAACGGGGGAAGACGCGGCAGGGCUGCUGUGGCUUCACACGAGCGGGGACUUCCUCAACGUCACCGUGGCGGCGGUGCCCUGCCGCUGUGCCGUCGCUCCCCGUGGACUGGCUCCCGACACGCUGCUGGACGACGGCAGCAUGUCUUUGAUCGCCGUGCGCAGCACGUCUCGUGCCCAUUUCGUCAAGUACCUGAAACGUUUCGGCAGCUCCAAAUCCCAGCCGAACCCACCGUUUGUGGACAGCAUGGCGGUGCAGGCGGUGCGCGUGACCCCUAGAGGUCACCUGUCUGGGGAGGACGGCUCCUCUCGGUGGGGAGAUGGGGAGGGCGAGACCGCCGGAGCCACAGACGGGCGCUGCUUCUGGAACGUGGACGGUGUACUGCUAGAAGAGACUGGCGAAGUGCACAUCAGGGUUCACACUCGCCUCGUGACGCUGUAUGGCUGUUCUCUUGGCCAUGAUGAUGAAGACGCUGCCAUGAAAUGCAACUGCUUGUGAUACUUGCACAAAUGAUUAUGGGAGCGGACCUGUUGAGGGAAGCACAAUGCAGAGACCAAGAGGAAGCCAGGGAGUGGUAGGGACAGGUUCCAGCUCCUGGUGGCUCCCAUUGAUGAGCGGGCAAGGCUAAAACCACACUUUUUAAGCAGUAAGGACUGCUUUGGAAAGGUUUUACGAAACAGGAAAAGCACUUUUCCCAUAGGCACUUAAAAAAUAGGGCAAAUUUGUGUAUAUAUAAAACCGCUAUUUUAGAAUGAGCAGGUAAAAUCAUAGCAACCAAACAAAGAUUGGAGUAUUUACCGUACAUGGAGCCCGGUUUAAAUGUCAGUGGCAAGUUCACACGUUUUGCCAUGGAGGCCCCAUGGGAGCGACUUGGUUACCUUUGCAGCCCCUUCUCAGGAGACCACAACAGCACAUGGGGGGGGGGGGG